UAACUCUUCUUUCAUUGAGCAAGUGUGCGUCGUCAUCGCUGCGGUUCAUCUUACUCCGAUGGGUGCCUACAAGUAUGUGUCAGAGCUUUGGCGCAAGAAACAGUCGGAUGUCAUGAAGUUCUUGCAGAGGGUGAGGUGCUGGGAGUAUCGGCAGCAACCUUCCAUAGUCCGUGUCACAAGGCCUACUCGUCCUGAUAAGGCGCGUCGCUUGGGCUACAAAGCUAAGCAGGGUUAUGUGGUUUACCGUGUUCGUGUUCGGAGGGGUGGUCGGAAGAGACCAGUUCCCAAAGGUAUUGUGUAUGGGAAGCCCACGAAUCAAGGUGUUACCCAACUGAAAUUUCAGAGGAGCAAGAGAUCAGUUGCCGAGGAGCGAGCUGGACGGAAGCUGGGUGGCCUUAGGGUCCUCAACUCAUACUGGGUGAAUGAGGACUCGACUUAUAAAUAUUACGAGAUAAUCCUGGUAGAUGUGGCUCACAAUGCCAUCAGAAAUGACCCGAGGAUCAACUGGCUCUGCAAUCCUGUCCACAAACACAGGGAGCUGCGUGGCCUCACUUCUGCUGGUAAGAAGUACAGGGGUCUCCGGGGCAGAGGACACCUCUACCACAAAGCUCGCCCAUCCCGCAGGGCCACCUGGAAGAGAAACAACACUCUUUCCCUUCGUCGCUACCGUUGAACUUAGAGAAACUAUUUUGCUCGUCAUUUUUCUGGAUAUUUUGAAUUGUUAUGUUCUGCAAAUUUUCUUUGGUUGAAUUGGAUUGUUUCGGUAAUAUACUUGAGUUGAAAAUGAUCAAGAUGCCAGUUUUUUCCUGAUCUCUUGAUAUAUUUUUUCCCCUUUGCAUAUCAGAUAUAGGUACUGCUGAUUUUACCUGAGUUAGUUUGUGGCUUCAUUUUUCUUAGAAUAUUGUUGAGGACAUGAUAACUAUCUAUGAAUUGAAAUUCUCUUGCAUGAA